GAGCAUCAGCAGAGACCUGCGAGGAGCACAUCCCCAGGUACACCAGCUACACCCAGGUACAUCACCUGCCCGUGUGCUGCAGAGAUGGUGCGAGCAACUCCCUUCCUCCUCGUGCUCUUCCUGGCCCUGGGGGCUCACGGUAAAAAGUGCUCCCUGACCGGACACUGGGUCAAUGACCUGGGCUCCAACAUGACCAUCCCUGCAGUGAAUGGAAAUGGUGACUUCACCGGCAUGUACCACACAGCUGUGACAGCCACCACCAACGAGAUCAAGGUGUCACCACUGCAGGGAACCAUGCAGAAGGGCCCUAACCAGAAGGGUCAGCCUACCUUCGGCUUCACUGUAAACUGGAGCUUUUCAGAUUCCAUCACUGUUUUCACGGGCCAGUGCUUUGUGGAUAGUGAAGGAAAGGAGAUUUUGAGGACCAUGUGGCUGCUGAGAUCACGUGUGGAGAACAUCAAUAAUGACUGGAAAGCCACCAGGGUCGGCACCAACAUCUUCACCCGCCUGCCGUUCCAGGAGUGAGAGCCUGGGGGGUUCCCAGGCCAGCUGCACUGCCAGGGGUGUGGCCCCUGCCCCUGCAGCAUCACCUUCUUUUCUUUCCCAAUAAAGCUUUUCUGCAAAUAC